GAAAGACAAGAAAAGGAAGAGGCCAGACGCAAGAAAGAAGAAGAAAUGAAGAAGAAGGGCAAGAGAAAGGGGCUGGGUGGUUUGUCCCCGGAGAAGAAGAAGAUGCUGAAGAAACUGAUUAUGCAGAAAGCUGCUGAAGAUCUGAGAAACGAGGCGAAGAAGAAGGCGGAGGAGAAAGAGAAACAUAUUAACGAUAGAGUCGAACCUCUGAAAGUUGACGGUCUUAGUCAGGGUGGAUUACGAACUUUAUGUAAAGAAUUACAGAAAAAAUACGAACAACUGGAAGCAGACGUCUACGACUGGGAAUUUAAGAUACGCGAAAAAGAAUUGGAGAUUAAUGAUUUAACAGUUAAAGUUAACGACACAAAAGGCAAAUUUAUGAAACCAGUCUUAAGAAAAGUUAACAAAACCGAAAGCAAAUUUUCCAAAUUGGAGAGGAAAGAAAAUCGUGAUUUCCGUGGUAAUCUUAAAUCUACCGGCCAGAAUAAAUAUAAAUUAGAGGAGGAAGAAACGAGCAAAACCCCCGACUGGCGAAACACAUUGAAGGGUAAGGAAGAAGGAGGCGAGCACGGAGAAGAGGAGAGUUGAAAAGAAAGUAGUUCCGUCCCCGUGUAUUAAUACAAUCCCUGUAAUUGAUGAAAGACUUGCCAAGUGUUAAAUAUCAUUCUCCCGUUGUCAGGGGCAACCAUAGAUUUUAAUUAUGUUGUAUCAGUAGUCUACAUUUAGAGGAUUUUAUUCAAAAUCUGAAUUUUUUUUUUUUUUUUUUCAUUUCUACCUUGAAUACAUUUUCGUGAAAACAAUGUUAAUAUAGUGAAAUAGUAAAAUAAAGUAAAAUAUAAAUUAAGAAAUUCUGAAGUUUGAGUUGUUUUGUUCAUUCUAUAUUCUGGUGUGAACUUUCAAUAUCUAAUCAAGUCUCACAAAACAAUUCAAAAGAACUGGAAUUAUUCUUAAAAUUUUCAUCAAAGAAAAUUUUCAAGGAAUAGGCCUGUAAAAUAUCAAUAUUUUUUGAAAAAUUCUGUUUUUAAUAACUUAUUUAUUUUCAAUUCUAUUUAUUUAUUUGUAUUUAGUUUAUUUAAUUAAAUGUAGUCUAGUUCACUAUCAUAGUAGGUACGUUGCAAUAAUUUUUUUUUCUUUUUUGGCUUCAACAUUUUAUUUUCUAAAACCAUGAUGUGAGAUAUUUGACAGAAAUAGGAAUUCUUUUUCGUAAUUUUCUCAAAUUUUCUUCAUUAAUUCUUGUCUAAUCAAGAUUUCCCAGAGAUUUCCACCUACUUGGGCGACUUUUUUCGAUCUACACCUAAUGAAUAUCUGGCUUCUGUUAUUGCCAAUGUUGGUAAAUUCACUUUAAAAAGAAUUUCUGGUUAUGAAAAGGCACGAAGUUCUUCCUUGUCAUAUAGCAUGAUAUUAGUACAUUCAGUGAGAGAGACGGCAAUAUUACAAAGAAUUCAUAAAGCUAUUUAAUAAUAAUUACUGAAAAAGCUCAAAAUGGUUGGAAAGAUCAAGUGAUGCCUAGUUUUGAAAAGGCAAAAUUAUUAAUUAUAAACUUUCGGUACUAAUACCAGUUAAAAAGGAACAAAUAUAUUAUUAUUUAUUUUUGGGUUUUUUUGACAGCCACAAAACCCGAACAAAGCCAAAGGGGAGACAAUCUUGAUUAGUAGAGAAUAUUUAUGUAGUAACUCUUCAAUAUAUUGAGUGAAAGAGAUAAAAAUAACGUCCUUAAUGUGUGUGAGUGGUUGUAGUAAUCAAAAAAUGUCGAAUUACGUUUUUCAAAAUAAGGGACAUAAUUCUUUAUGUUUGACGUUAAUUCAAAUCCUCUUCAUAGAAAAGUUGUGAUCUUGUAUAUAAAGAUUAAGGCGUCAAAAGAUGAACUGGCGCAACAAUUGUCUAAAUAUAGUAAUUAUCUCCCUUUAAUUAGACUCUUCUUGCUUGUGGCUGGUUUCAACUUUAUUUAUGACUUGAAGAAAAUAUGUAAAUUUCCAACCAAUGAGAACAUAAAGUUGUGAUAAAUUAAAAAAUUAAAGAUAUUUGCCAUCAAGACAGUUUUUUUUACAGAUUUGGUGUUGGAACUUUACUAAGAUUAAAUCCUGGUUUUACCAUAUCAAAUUCUAUUUGUAAAUAAAACCCCGAUUUAAAAUCAAUUUAAGAGAUUGACCAAUCAAAUGACUGGAACACUAACACCAUCAUAAGAUUUCGAGAAUAAGACCCGUGAAAUUCCAAUCAGAAUUAACAGGGAAUUGAACAGAGUAUCAUCUUUAGCAUAAUUUCUUCAAUUUGUUAUCUUUUGUAAAUAUGAGUUAUUGCCCCUGAUAUUUAUUUAUUAGAAAGUAUUAGAAUUGCUUAUCAUCUUGAUUGUUUUAAAGGGAAAAUUAAUUCAACUGAACUUUGAAUAUCAGAUAAAUUUGUUACAAAAUCCACAUAAUUACAAAAAGAUUGCCAGACCCUAAAAAAAGUUGAUUUUAGGUAACAUUUUGUGAAAAUCCAAGAAUUCCCUAAUAAACUUUCCGUAAAAAUAAAAAGAGAGUUUACGGGGCCACAAGAUGUGAAAUAUAUUUGAUUUUAAGCAAAAUUGUUUGGCUUAUCAAACUUUCUUUAAAACAAUCAAGACAAAAACUGAAUAUUUUUGAAGAAAUUGAUUUUUUUUUGUGAUUUUACUUAAGAUUUGAGGUUGUAUAGAACAAAAUGAAAAUAUUGCCGAGCCAAUUGUUUGCUGUAUGCCAAAUAUUGUAUUUGUUGUCAGAAGCCAUUUUACUAGUGUAUGUAUUGCAUUGCCAGCUCCUAGGCUAGGAUUAUAUUUCAAUUAAUUCUGUUAGAGAAACAAAAUAAAAAUAAUGAAAAAACUA